CGACAAGAGUGGUGAAAUUACAGUCCUUCCAGCAGUGAAAGAAGACAGGAACGGACCAGUUGGCUCCAGGGAAAGAGAAGAAGUGGUGGCAUCUCCCAGGCCUGCCCCUGCUCUCUCCUUGCCCCAACACCGCCUGCCUGCCUGCCUGCCUGCCAAACUUGGCCACAUUCCGGUGAGGUUCUCCAAGGCCUCCGGCUUGUGACAGCUUUCUCAACCGGUCUCAACCCUUCCUGAAGCCCAGCCGAAAGACCCCAGCGAGCCUCUCUCCAGAGCAGGGGGCACGAGAGCCCUCUGAUCCGGUGCCAGGGGUUGAGUUUGGAUAGAUGCAGCAUCCAGACACAUGGGGUCCGUCGGCGGUGCCAGGCAAUAGAGCGAGUCUGGAAACCGGCUGCCUGAAAAGCUGAGCUGGUCCGGACAGAGAGAAGCAGAAAAGGGGGCAUUUUGAGCCCUUCGGCUGGACGGCCCAAAGGGAAGAAGCUAAGAAGAAGGUCUCUGAGCAGCCACUUUCAAGAGCUUCCUUGGCUGGCAAGGGAGGAGGUUGAACCGCCAGUUCCUGCCAGCAGAAAGGCAAGAGGAAACGGCACCACCAUGGGCUCACGGAGCUGCGACAGGCCCCGGGGCUUCUCUGGGCCCCCGGGGGUCUUGGGCUGGCAGCAGCAAGCCACGGGCUUGGUCUUCCUUCUCCUGGUGGCCCUCCAGCAGCUGUGCUCCGUCUGGGCUUUCUCCACUUGCAAAACCUUGGACAUGGACCUGAUGAAACGGAAGAGGAUCGAAGCCAUCCGGGGACAGAUCCUCAGCAAACUCAAGCUCCCGAAACCCCCCGAGGUGGAGGAGUCGGACUCGCAGACCCUACCCGAAGAGGUCAUGGCUCUUUACAACAGCACCAGGGAAAUCAUCCGAGAGAUGGUGGCUGAGGAACUCCAGGAGACCGUUCACGAAGAAUACUACGCCAAGGAAGUGCACCGCUUCAUGAUGAUCCCCGUUAGCGAUGAAAGCUACGGCGAUCAGUACAAGAAGGACAACCAAAACGUCUACUUUGGAUUCAACAUCAAAACCAUCCGGAAUGCCAUUAGUAACCCCAACUUGGUGUACCGGGCAGAGCUGAGGAUGCAAGCCUCUGGCAAAGGGCAAGAACAGCGCCUGGAGCUUUACCACCAAAAAAACCACUCGGGGAAUGAUUCCACUUGGUACUACCUUCAAGGGCUGUCGUUAAAGGUGAAGAGCGAAAAAGAAUGGCUGUCCUUCGAUGUCACCACUGUUCUCCGGUUGUGGCUCGCAAGUAGAGACGAGCUGGGGAGAUUCCGGCUUAGCACGCACUGUUCCUGUGAUGGCAUCCGAAAUGAUCUAGCGAUACAAAUUGAAG